CAGUUGCAAGAUGACUAGAUGCCUGUAUAUAUGUGCCAACCUCCUCCACCACAUUGAAUCUUCAGUGCACUAAAGCUGUCUUUCAAAAUAGAAAAAUGGCUUCCGGUCUAGUACUUUUCUUCUUUUUUCUCAGUUCUCUUCUCUUCUUGUUUGUCUCUUCUUCCCAUUUUUCUUCUUCAGGAAACAAUGUUGCCAUGAAACCAGCUCCUCCUUUUCAUUCCCAGAAGAAAGCUGUAGCUAAUCCCGAGAAAGUAUCUGUGUCUUUGUAUUAUGAAACCCUAUGUCCCUAUUGCAGGAAUUUCAUUUUGGAUCCUCUCGCAAAGGCCAUCAAGACUGAUCUCAUGACCAUUCUUGAUCUGCAGCUGGUCCCCUGGGGCAAUGCUAUGAUUCUACCCGAUAGUACUGUCUCAUGCCAGCAUGGGGAAGAUGAAUGCUACCUUAAUAGCAUCCAUGCCUGUGUCAUCGACAUCUGGCCUGAUGUGAUUAUGCACUUCAACCUGAUUCAGUGCAUUGAAGAGCAGUCUUCUGCCAUGGGUCUUGGAAAUGGAGCAGAAGCAUUGUAUAAUGUAUGUGCAGAACAAUUGGGGUUCCCCGCAAAACCCAUUAAGGAUUGCCAUGAAAGCGCGCGUGGAAGAGAGCUUUUACUGCAAUACGGAAGUAGAACUGAUAGUCUCAAUCCGCCUCACAGAUAUGUACCAUGGGUCGUGGUGAAUGGAAAUCCUCUCCUUGAGAACUAUGAUAAUUUUGUAGAGUAUGUCUGCAAGUCAUACAGAGGCAAAUCUUUGCCCACAGCAUGUGUUUCAUAUCCCACCAGCUCAGUUUCUAAGGAAAGGUCACUCCACUCAGUUUGCCCUGCAGGUUUAGCAAGGCCAGCGAAGCAUCCGGCCAGGGUGCAGGAGAAUAUGGAGUCUUUGGCAUGAUUCUUGUGGUUGUUGUAUAUCAUCUCUCUGUUCAACAGGACAAGCACCUUUAUAAUACAAUAAUUAACUGGGCCAUCUAUGUAUAGCUUUCUGGUCCACUUAAACUACUUCUAGUGAUGGUAGUUCACAGAGCCAGAUGAUGUAAUUAAGGAUCUGCAAGUGAAAAUUCAGUUUCCGGGCA